AUGACCUGCUUCAAUGGCAUAUGCCUGAAGGAAAUAACCCCACCGUGGCUCGGGUGGUUCUGUUUCGGUCAACGCUCCCCCGUAGAUUGGAUGGACUGCGACAAUGGCAGACAGGAUGACAGCAAAUCUGCUACGAGUCAUGAUAAACCACUGAGUGGCUCUUCGGAGUAUCAAACUCCAAGACCAUUAUCCUAUGAGGAAGACCAGCCAAACCCACCGGCCCUAGUGAAGAGUCCGAAAUAUAGUUUGUUCCCGAAACAAUCCAAUCCCUCCUCGUCCCCCAAGAUACAGCGCAUCAAACCAGCUUCACAGGCAGGAUCAGAAGAAGAGGCCAUAGCGGCGAGGACAGAAACUUUGCGCAAGGAUCAGGCAUCAACGGACCGAGUCAAAGGCACCUCGACUUCCAGGGAUAGUGGAGAAAUAAUUGUUCUCCCGGAGCCAUGA